AUGUCGUCAGACGAAAUUGUUUGGCAGGUUAUUAACCAACAAUUCUGCUCUUUCAAGCUCAAGACUACGAAAGAUCAGACUUUCUGUCGCAACGAAUACAAUGUUACUGGUCUAUGCAAUCGACAAUCAUGUCCUCUCGCAAACUCUCGAUAUGCAACUAUUCGAGCAAAUCCUCAAACCGGUACCCUUUAUCUUUACAUGAAGACGAUCGAGAGAGCACACAUGCCAUCGAAAUUAUGGGAACGCAUAAAGCUAUCUUCCAAUUAUGCCAACGCAUUACUGCAAAUCGACGAGAAACUAAAAUACUGGCCUAACUUUCUCAUUCACAAGUGCAAGCAGAGACUUACGAGAUUGACACAAGUCGGUGUUCGCAUGAGGAGAUUGGCAAAGGAAGACGAAAGAUUGGGUGAAAAACUUGUUCCAAAGAUGGCACCUAAGGUUAGGAGAAGAGAAGAGACCAGAGAGAGAAAGGCAAUGGCAGCUGCAAAGGUUGAGAGAGCAAUUGAGAGAGAAUUGAUUGAGAGAUUGAGAAGUGGUGCUUAUGGUGAUCAGCCAUUGAACGUUAGCGAAUCUAUCUGGAAGAAGGUUCUGAAGGGCUUGGAGAGAGGUGGAGAGGGAACCAGAGACGAGGAUCUGGAUGAAGGUAUCGAAGAUGAUGAAUUUGAGGAAGAAGGGGAAUACGAAGAUGAGGAGGGUGUUGGUGAUGUGGAGUAUGUUAGUGACUUGGGAGAAGAUGAAGAAGACUUGGGCGAUAUUGAGGAUUGGCUUGGAAGUGAUGAGGAAGCUACUGGUGAAGAGGAUAGUGGAGAUAGUGACAGCGAUAGCAGCGAGGAUGACAAAGCCAAGAAGAAUGCUGCCGGCACAAAGAGGAAGAGAGCACCAAUUUCCAAAGCCAAGCCAAAGAAGAAGUCCUCCAAAAUGGAAGUCGAAUACGAGCAGGAACUCGAGGGGCCAGGACGAGAAUUGGCUUUCUAA